GAGACAUGACUUCCGGUUGAGGCCUCAGUACGAGAGUGUUUGUAGAUCGAUGAUCAAACUUUCAAUUUAAAACUGCGGAUUUUUACAUUUUAUGUUCAUAUUUUUUAUUUAAUGUUGACAUUUUGUAUUUUAAUUUAAAACUUUACGCGCACGAUGCUUUAACCAGUGCAGAUGUCGUCACAAUCACCGUGUUUGAGCAGCAGGUGGGAUCAGGCCAAACCCCAAGCGGGCAUCCUGCAGGGCGUUGUGGCGAAUGAGUCCCAUGCUGCUAAUAUAGCACCGGUGCUGGGUGCAGCAGCUCACAGCUCCAGCUCAGUGUCCACCCUUGAUGUGCAAGAGCCUCUGCAGGGUGGCGUGGAGAUGGCUGCUGCGAUGGCGGCGAAAAUUAAUGCCAUGCUUAUGGCUAAAGGCAAACUAAAGCCACUUCAGCCACUGCCCAGUAAAGCUGUAUCCACUCCUGCUGCUCCUGUCACCACUGAUGAAGUCAUCGUUGCUGAAGUCGACAUAAAUGACGUGCCGCUUAACUGCAGAGAUUUGCUUACCAAAGGCAAAACUCAAGAAGAGAUUCGUCUGUUCAGCGGUGCAGUCGUUUCAACUAAAGGACUUUACAUGAGUGAUGCAGAGAAGAGUUGCAGUACAGCCACCGCACGGUCACUGUAUCUGCAUGUGCAGGGACGCAGUCAGGAGGAAGUCAACAAGGCUGUGGUGAGAAUAAAGGAACUGAUCUGUGAGGAUGUUCGGCGCUCGUCAGAUGGUCUGCAGCCUCCAGUGAUGCCAACUGUACCAGUGUACCGACACUGUCCAGCAGCCACCGCAUCCCUCCCCCCAAAAACCCCCACCAUACCUACUCACAAACCACCCCCUCCACACUCAGGGAGUUUUGUGCACAAUAAGAUAUUUGUAGGACUGGACCAAUCGAAUCCGUCCUUUAAUGUGAAUGAGCGUGUGGAGGGGCCGUCGGGCUCGUACCUGCAGCACAUUCAGUCUGAGACGGGUGCACGUGUCUUCCUCAGAGGCAGAGGGUCAGGAUACAUCGAGCAGGCGUCGCGUCGGGAGUCCUUCGAACCACUCUAUCUAUACAUCAGCCAUCCAAAUGCUGCAGGACUCAACGCAGCGAAGAAACUGUGUGAAAGUCUACUUCAGACGGUGAGGGCAGAUUAUGCUCGGAUGACGUUGACGUAUCCAGCCACUGGUUCCACUACAGUUUACCCGACACACGGGUACUCUGCUAAUAACAGCUACAGCAGCCAGUCGUGGUUCAGUUACCCAUCCAAUGGUUACACAAGCACCUACCCACCGUUUCGCGCUGUCAGUGGAUACUGGAACGACUCCAGUGGACUAAUUGGCCAAUCACAGCUGACCAGCAGCCCAGUGCAGUACCCCGUGUGCUCUCAUCAUCCAAACUCAUUCCUGAAGCAGGAUGAGGAUGCAGCGUCCGAUGCCGCUGAUAGUGACUCAUGUCCUUCUGGCAGUCCAAAGCAACUAUUUUCAGAAGAGCAGCAGAAAACGCAGAAUGAGAUGCCUGCAGAUGUUGCAGUAAAUCCAGAAGAAGGCCACAGCUGCUCUGAGAGUACACUGAUGCCUCCACCAACAGCUCCAGCCAUCAGAAAGAGACCUGCAGAAGAAACCAGCAGACCCCUCAUACACACAGCUGAGGAGAACAUGGUCAAGAAGAUAAAGCUUCCAGAAGUUUCCGGCAGCUCCUCUGGACUCGUUCCGUACGGAGGAGAUUCAUCAGAUGAGGAGGAGGAGCGCACACGCUUCGCCAAUAAGAACACGCUCUAAACACACGCACACGU